GCUCGAUGGGAGUCACGAGUCACGAAUGCUGAUCACGCUACUCGUGACUCCUGACUUUCAGCAGCCAGCCAGCCAGCCAGCAGGCAUCCCCUACCAAAACUCGGAUCGACACUCACGACGACUUUCAGAGAUCCUUCACUUGACUAACAACCAACCGCUUGAAUGCGCUGGGCAGCAGCAAGUUGACUCGUCUUUCUCGUGAAUGCUGCUCCGCUCCAUACGCCCUUGCAUCUCUUCGCAGCUGCUGCCUCUGCCUCUGCCUCUGCCUCUUCUCCAUUCAGCUUCACUGCGCUCCAUCCACGCUCCACACUCCACUCGACACCUUCUUCAUCACGCGAUCAACAUGUCAUCCAUCAGCACCACCGCCGCCGCCGCCGCCGCAGCAGCAGCAGCAGAUCAAGAUGGACAGAAGAGCGCAUCGAAUGUCGAUCGAUCCGCCCACGCUUUCUCCCGUCCAGCGCUAGAAGGUCUGAUGACCAAACGAUUCUUCUACACUCAAGCCUUUGAAAUCUACGGAGGUGUAGCUGGUCUGUACGACUACGGACCGACGGGCGCAUCGUUGCAAUCCAACAUCAUCAAUACGUGGCGUCAACACUUCAUCUUGGAAGAGGAGAUGCUGGAACUGGAUACGACCAUCAUGACGCUUCACGACGUGCUCAAGACCAGCGGUCAUGUGGACAAAUUUAGCGAUUGGAUGUGCAAGGAUUUGAAAAAUGGAGAAAUCUUUAGAGCGGAUCAUCUGCUCGAAGGUGUGUUGGAAGCCAGACUCAAGGGAGAUCAAGAGGCCAGAUCUGCCGUCGGUGGUGGUGGUGGUGGCGGUGGUGGUGGCGAUGAUGGGCCAACAUCCGUGGAGGCGGAAUCCAAAAAGGAAGAUGCGAACGCAUCAUCUUCCACGACGAGCAAAGCCAAAAAGAAAAAGGUCAAGAGCGCAGCUAUCAAGUUGAGCGACGAGCAGGUCAAAGAGUACGAAUAUACAUUGGCGCAGAUCGAUAAUUAUACCGGCAAGGAGCUGGGAGAGCUGAUUAGGAAAUUUCAAGUCAAAGCUCCAGAAAGCGGCAAUGACGUCACUGAACCGGUGGAGUUUAAUCUCAUGUUCGAGACGAUGAUUGGGCCCACGGGUUACGUCAAGGGCUACCUGCGUCCCGAAACGGCGCAGGGUCACUUUGUCAACUUUUCACGCCUAUUGGACUUCAACAAUGGGCGUGUACCCUUUGCCAGCGCGCACAUUGGCAAAUCCUUCCGCAACGAGAUCAGUCCGCGAGCAGGUCUUUUGCGCGUGCGCGAAUUCACAAUGGCAGAGAUUGAGCACUAUGUGGAUCCGUUGGACAAGUCGCACGAUCGUUUCGUCGAAGUCUCUUCCUUGCAACUUCCCUUUUUGCCCAAGGAUGUGCAGCAGAGCGGCAAGAGCGAUAUCUCGAAGCUCAGUCUGCAAGAAGCGGUCAAGAGCGGCAUGGUGGAUAAUGAGACGCUGGGAUACUUUUUGGGAAGGAUCUACCUCUUUUUGCUUCGCAUCGGUAUUGAUCCUACCAGGUUGCGAUUCAGACAACACAUGGCCAACGAGAUGGCUCACUACGCUUCGGAUUGCUGGGAUGCGGAGAUUCACACUUCGUACGGAUGGAUCGAAUGCGUGGGAUGCGCGGAUCGUUCGGCUUACGAUCUGACCGUGCACGCCAAAAAGACGGGAAGAAACUUGGUGGUGCAAAAGGAGUUGAAGGAGCCAAAGAUUUACGACAAGUGGACGGCUAUCGUCAACAAGAAAAAGUUGGGUCCCUUGUUCAGGAAGGAGGCAAAGGCUGUGGAAGAGGCCAUCGAUGCGCUCACGCAAGAAGAGCUGGAAAAGAUUUCUAGCCAGAUCAAGAAUGGACCGGUGAAGAUUGGCGAGCAGUCCUUUGAGCUGGACAAGGAGCUGCUGAGCGUGGAGCUGAAGAGGAUCAAAGAGACGGUACGAGAAUUCGUGCCAAACGUCAUCGAGCCUUCGUUCGGCAUCGGACGAAUCUUUUACUCUUUGCUCGAACACUCCUUUUGGGCGCGCGCCGAAGAUGCGGAGCGCAGCGUGCUCUCCUUGCCCCCUUCCGUAGCGCCCUUCAAAGCGCUCGUCUUGCCCAUCAGUUCCAACAAGGAUCUGGACGCGUUGGCUAGAAGAGUGGCCAGAAUGCUCAGGGCAAAGGGCAUCAUGGCUAGAGUGGACGACUCGGCUAGCGCUAGUAUUGGCAAGAGGUAUGCCAGAAAUGAUGAGCUUGGAACGCCUUUUGCUUGCACGCUCGACUUUGCCAGCAUUUCCAAGGGCACGAUGACGCUGAGAGAGAGGGACACGACGUCGCAACGUAUUGGAAGUAUAGAGGAGGUGGUGCAGGUCAUCAAGGAUCUGUGCGAUGGAAACAUCGAUUGGCAAGGCGCUUGUCAGAAGUUGCCUGCUUAUUCGGGAGAACAGCAAGUUUGAAGCUGAGAAGGAGUCAGGGGGGG